GUUGGCUUCUGUCCUAAACUCUUUAUAGCAAUGAAGUUGCCAGAUGAGACCCUGUGGGACGAAACUGCCUGCAGCUCUGCUAUUUGUCAGCACCCACAAUGCUGGGCGACUAUUCGCAGGGUUGAGAGAGGCCACCCCCGAAUGCUGGGUUCACUCCCCAGAACUGCCCUGGAUACCGAAGAUAAACUCCCAGUGCUCACCAUCGCAAAUCUCUCAACUUCCUCCCUCCGGCCCAAAAGACUGGCUCAGCAUCCGUCUUCAGGAUGUACCUUCCCAAAGGCUCAUUCGUUAUUGUCUCGGCGUUCAAAGUUUGACUCCAAAUUUCAAGAUCUAGAAGCUGUCCAGAAUCAACCGGCCAACCGAGGGAUGGUUUCAGUGCUGAAUUUGGAUAAGACAUGGCUUCCCUGCACUCAAGAUGCUAGACCUAUGACUGUAAGCUGGAUCCCCCCCAGACCAGAGAAGGCUAGGAGAAGUCGCGCAGAGAAGGAGCCUGCAAACACCAGCAAGGGCAGGAGAGAGAAGAGCAGGCAAGCUGCCGAGCCUGUGGAUGGGAAGAGAGGGGCCUCCAGAGAGUGCUGCUGGGGACCCUUAGUACUUCUUUCCUCCCAGGACAGGACGUCGAAGCUGCCGCCCGGCUCCUUGGGAACACAGUCAAUAACUGAGGAGGUGCUUGUGCCUCCCCCCUCCCCAGCGCACCUGCUCGAUCAGCUCAGCUCCACCUCGCUGCUUUCCUGGCCCCACGUGGACACGCUGCCUUUCGAGCUGAUUAAGGAUCUUUUGGCAGGGGACAGUAAGACCCUGCUGUCUGCACAGAUGAGGCUGGAAUUGGCCAAGAUGAAGAAGAGCGGUCCUCUGGAAAAGAGCCGGCCCACCAGCGCACUGUCCUCAAAGAUGUUCCUGUCUAUCCACCACCUCACCCUGCAGAGACCAGCGCUGAGAUAUCCUGAGCGUUUGAAAAAACCGUGGAAAGCUCGAUGUUCUGAGUCUGCCAAAUCUCCAGUAACCCGCAAAGGCCCCUUGGAGAAGGCGGAAGAAAGCAACCCCCUGGCUGGUGACAGUACCCUGCCAGCACCGGAGAGCCACACACAGCGGAGGCAGCAGCAGUUGGAGCGAGCCGGGCCUACCUUGAAACAGUUUCAGGAUGCCACAGAGGGGCCAGCGCUGGAGCACCCUGAGCACGCCCUGGACUUCUCCCCGAAGGACACGAGUACGAAAUUCAUCAAGGCAGAGGCCGAUGAGGAGGGCAUCCCUGCUCAGGAGAAGGCUGAGCCAGAAUCGCUGGCUUCCAACCAAGAGAAGACCACCAGGCACCUGUCAGCCAGGACACCUAAGAUCGCCUGGAACCUGGAGCUCAAGCUUCUGAGACUUCUUCAGGACACGGAGGAGGAGGAGGGCCAAGAGAGCCCACCCUCCCCAGCCCAGAGGCACAGCCUCUCAGAGCAGGAUGGCUAAUCCUGAAGACCACGGCCACCUGCCCCCAGCUCUGGGCUUCUCUUUCUUUCCCCACCUCUACUAGCCUCUGAAAUCAGUGCGAGAAAGCCCCACCCCUUUUGUGUUUGGGUAAGUUCUCGUCCCCAGGGCCAGGGCAAUUUUGAUGA